AUGCCUUACCCACGCAUCAUCGCCCCCAAGACGCUGCCGCUCACCUCCGCGCUCGUGUCUACAGUCACUCACCCCAGAUCCUUUCUAGAUCGAGUCGACCAGGUCCCCUCGAAACCCAAAUGUCGUAAACCGAAACGCCGAGUCACCUUUUCCGAGUCGGUCGAAAUGAUAUCCGCAAACCUCCUCCCGGCUCGCUUUCGCGGCGAGCCCGCCCUCGCUCACGCCUCGGCCCCGUCCCGCCUGGCCAAGAAGGUCGCGCCCCUCCUCCAGUUCCUGUCCCGGCUCGCCUGCUCCCACCCCAUCCACACCGUCGUCAUCGUCGCCGUCCUGGCCAGCACCUCGUACGUUGGCCUCCUCCAGGAGAGCCUGUUCGAGGGCACCAGGAAUGUCGGCAAGGCCGACUGGUCCUCUCUCGUCGACGGCAGCCGAGACCUGCGCGCCGGCCCGGACACGGCGUGGAGGUGGCAGCCCGUCGAGCACGACGUGGCGGCCGGCAGCCACAACGACGCCGACCACCUCGCACUCCUGACGCUCGUCUUCCCCGACACUCUCUCGACGAGCUCGCCGAGCACGGCCCCGCGCGCUCACGUCGUGCCGACGCCGCGCAACCUCUCCGUCACCCCGCUGCCCUCCACCGAGAACCCCUUCACGGCGUACUCGCAGGACAGCAUCCUCGCCUACUCGCUGCCCUACAAGGAGGCUCCCGAAUUCGUCACCGCGGUCCAGGAGAUCCCUAACGAGGACGCCGAGGAGACGGUGACGCGCCACGGCCGCGAGAAGAAGAUGUGGAUCAUGAAGGCAGCCAAGGUCAACACGCGCAACACCCUCGUCCAGUGGGCCAGCAACGCUCUCGUCGAGUUUGUGGACCUGCUCAAGAAUGCCGAGACGCUCGACAUUGUCAUCAUGAUCCUCGGCUACCUGUCGAUGCAUCUGACCUUUGUUUCCCUGUUCCUGUCGAUGCGCCGCAUGGGCUCCAACUUUUGGCUCGGCAUGAGCACCCUCUUCUCGUCCGUCUUUGCGUUCCUCUUCGGCCUCGCCGUCACCGCCAAGCUGGGAGUCCCCAUCAGCGUCAUCCUGCUUUCCGAGGGGCUCCCUUUCCUGGUAGUCACCAUUGGCUUCGAAAAGAACAUUGUGCUCACGCGCGCCGUCCUCUCCCACGCCAUUGAGCACCGCCGCGCCCAGGUCCAAGAGACCAAGGCCGGCAAGAAGACGGAGAUCCAGGCGCAAAACGUCAUCCAGUAUGCGAUCCAGGCCGCCAUCAAGGACAAGGGCUACGAGAUCCUGCGCGACUACGCAAUCGAGAUCCUGAUCCUCGUCCUCGGCGCUGCGUCUGGCGUGCAGGGCGGCCUCCAGCAGUUUUGCUUCCUGGCUGCGUGGAUUCUGUUCUUCGACUGCAUUCUGCUCUUCACUUUCUACACGGCCAUCCUCAGCAUCAAGCUCGAAAUCAACCGCAUCAAGCGCCAUGUCGACAUGCGCAUGGCCCUCGAGGCCGACGGCGUCAGCCGACGUGUCGCCGAGGACGUGGCCAAGAGCCAGGACGAGUGGGACAGCCCCGGCCAAAAGAACGGCGACGGCUCCCUCUUUGGCCGCUCGAUGAAGAGCAGCAGUGUGCCCAAGUUCAAGGUUCUCAUGAUCUCCGGCUUCAUCCUCAUCAACGUCAUCAACAUCUGCACCAUCCCCUUCCGCAGCGCGUCGUCGCUGUCGAGCUGGCGCACGUGGGCCGGCGGCCUCGGCGGCGUCGUGUCGAUUCCUCCCGUGGACCCGUUCAAGGUGGCGUCCAACGGCCUGAACGCCAUCCUCGCGACGGCCAAGGCGAGCGGCAAGCCGGCUCUCGUCACCGUCCUCACGCCCAUCAAGUACGAGCUGGAGUUUCCGUCUGUGCACUACGCCCUGUCGUCGCCCCUCGGUGACGGCGGCGUCGGUCUCGGCGAGCGGUUGCACCUGGGCGACUACGGUGUGGGCGGCCGCGUGGUGGGUGGCCUGCUCACGAGCCUCGAGGACCCCGUCUUGUCCAAGUGGAUCGUGGUCGCCCUGGCCCUCAGCGUUGGCCUCAACGGCUAUCUCUUCAACGUGGCCCGCUGGGGAAUCAAGGACCCCAACGUCCCCGAGCACGUCAUCGACCGCAAGGAGCUGGCCCGCGCUCAGAGGUUCAACGACACCGACUCGGCAACCCUGCCCCUGGGCGAAUACGUCCCGCCUACGCCUCAGCGAAGCGAGCCCGCGACCCCGGCCCCAACGGACGACGAGGGCGACCUCUUGUCCAUGACCAAGCUGAGGCCGACCCCGUCGGUGCCGUCGGGCGAGCACCGCUCCAACGAUGAGCUGGACAAGAUGCUCGUCGAGAAGCGCGCGCACGAGAUGUCGGACGAGGAGGUCGUGACCAUGUCGAUGCGCGGCAAGAUCCCUGGCUACGCACUCGAGAAGACUCUCAAGGACUUUACCCGCGCCGUCAAGAUCAGGCGCACCAUCAUCUCGCGGACCAAGGCGACGGCCGAGGUCACCAGCGGCCUCGACCGCUCCAAGCUGCCGUACGAAAACUACGACUGGGAGCGCGUCUUUGGAGCCUGCUGCGAGAACGUCGUCGGCUACCUCCCGUUGCCCGUCGGUGUCGCCGGUCCCCUGGUCAUCGAUGGCCAGAGCUACUUCAUUCCCAUGGCCACCACGGAGGGCGUGCUCGUUGCUAGCGCAAGCAGAGGCUGCAAGGCCAUCAACUCGGGCGGCGGCGCCGUUACGGUCCUGACGGCGGACGGCAUGACGCGCGGUCCCUGCCUCAGCUUCGAGACGCUCGAGCGCGCCGGCGCCGCCAAGCUGUGGCUCGACUCGGAGCCCGGGCAGGAGGUGAUGAAGAAGGCGUUCAACUCGACGAGCCGCUUCGCGCGCCUGCAGACGAUGAAGACGGCGCUCGCCGGCACCAACCUGUACAUCCGCUUCAAGACGACGACGGGCGACGCCAUGGGCAUGAACAUGAUCUCCAAGGGCGUCGAGCACGCGCUCAACGUCAUGGCCGGGGAAGGCUUCGAGGACAUGUCCAUCAUCUCGGUUUCCGGCAACUACUGCAUCGACAAGAAGGCGGCGGCCAUCAACUGGAUCGACGGCCGCGGCAAGAGCGUCGUGGCCGAGGCCAUCAUCCCCGCCGACGUGGUCAAGAACGUGCUCAAGAGCGACGUGGACUCUCUGGUGGAGCUCAACGUGUCCAAGAACCUCAUCGGGUCCGCCAUGGCUGGGUCCAUUGGCGGCUUCAACGCGCACGCCGCCAACAUCGUGGCGGCCAUUUUCCUGGCGACCGGUCAGGACCCCGCUCAGGUGGUGGAGAGCGCCAACUGCAUCACCACCAUGAGGAACUUGCAUGGCUCCCUGCAGAUUUCAGUCUCGAUGCCCUCGCUCGAGGUGGGCACGCUCGGCGGUGGCACCAUUCUCGAGCCGCAGAGCGCCAUGCUCGACAUGCUCGGCGUGCGAGGGUCGCACCCGACCAACCCCGGCGACAACGCGCGCCGGCUCGCCCGCAUCAUCGCGGCGGCGGUGCUGGCUGGCGAGCUGUCGCUCUGCAGCGCGCUGGCGGCCGGUCACCUGGUACGGGCGCACAUGCAGCACAACCGAAGUGCGGCGCCGUCGCGAACGGGCACGCCAGCCCCGCCGCCGAUGACGCCCGUGUCGUUGGCCAUGACAAGCGCGCAAGAAAAGUCCAACUUGAGCGCAGCAGCGCAGCAGCGGUCGAAGCGGUAG